UUUCAGUUCAGCCGUAGUCAGCGUUAUUGUCAGGUCACUCAAUAGUUCCAAUUAGUGCAUGCUAUUGCAAUUGCUAAUCUUUGGAUGCAAACAAUGGAACCCUCUCCUCUGUUUCUUACCCAUGUAAUUCAUGUGAUGCACCUUCUUUCUGUCACACACACCCAUGUUUAUAUAUAUAUAAAAUAUCAAAUUCCAAAAAUAUUAUAAAUUUCCUUAGUACAAAACUGCAACACAAUAGAGCAACAUAAAAAAAUAAAAUGUAGAAGGAAACUGAAAACAUGUAAAACCCGAACACCAAACAGCACUCAGUGCAGAACAAAGUAGAAACGUUAUACCCUUCUCUAUUCUCUCCUUCUCUCUCAACCACACGGAUACCCACUUAUAUUAUUCUAAUCAUCUCAUUCUGACAUCACUUCACCGUUCACCCUUCCUCGUCACACCACUAUUCUCUAAAUUAGUUGGUGGUGGUGUUGUAUGUUUGUUUGUUCUUCUUUUGUCUGCAUUUGUGCCUCUUUUCCAAAACAGGCUUUUUAUAUACAUAUUUGAAAAGAGAGUACAAAAAACAAAGAAAAGGAUUAGCAGUUAUACCAAACUCUCUUUUCAAAAUCUAUUUUUAUUUUCCAUAUCUGGGGAGGGUGUUACUUCAUGAGGAUGGUAUUCAUUUUGCUAUGACCAUCUAAGCAUUUUUUUCCUUAAAAAAAGUUGCUAUCUUGUUCUGAGACAUUCCCUAAUGGAUCUGGAGUCUGUGAUCUACAAAAACUCGAUUAAGGAUGAAUCAUGGAAGACAGUGUUAACAUUGGCUUAUCAGAGCCUGGGAGUUGUGUAUGGAGAUUUAAGCACAUCGCCACUUUAUGUUUACAAAAGCACUUUUGCUGAGGACAUUCAGCACUCAGAGAGCAAUGAAGAGAUAUAUGGGGUGUUGUCUUUUGUGUUCUGGACACUCACACUGAUUCCACUCCUCAAGUAUGUGUUCAUUGUGCUUAAAGCAGAUGACAACGGAGAGGGAGGGACUUUUGCUUUGUACUCUCUGCUAUGCAGGCAUGCGCAGGUGGGGUUGUUGCCUAAUGUUCAGCUUGCAGAUGAGGAAUUAACGGAGUACACCAAGGAUGGAACAGUGCCAAUUGAUAAGAGGAAUGUUGGGCAGGGAUUGAAAUCAGUGUUGGAGAAACACAAGGUUCUGCAGAGGGUGCUGCUGGUUCUGGCUUUGAUUGGGACCUGCAUGGUUAUCGGGGAUGGUGUGCUUACACCUGCUAUUUCUGUUUUCUCUGCUGUGUCUGGCUUGGAGCUUUCCAUGUCUAAAGAGCAGCACAAAUAUGUUGAAGUCCCAGUUGCUUGUGUAAUACUGGUGUUUUUGUUUGCACUUCAACAUUAUGGGACUCAUCGAGUGGGGUUCUUAUUCGCACCUGUUGUGAUGACCUGGCUGGUAUGCAUCAGUUGUAUCGGCGUGUAUAAUAUCUUACAUUGGAACCCACAUGUUUAUGAGGCUCUCUCUCCGUACUACAUGUUCAAAUUUCUGAAGAAGACUCAAAGGGGAGGUUGGAUGUCCUUAGGGGGUAUUCUACUAUGUAUAACAGGUUCUGAGGCUAUGUUUGCUGAUCUAGGACACUUUUCACAGUUGUCAAUUCAGAUUGCUUUUACUUUUUUGGUAUACCCUUCUUUAAUCCUGGCAUAUAUGGGACAAGCUGCAUAUCUAUCCAAGCAUCAUACUAUUGAAAGUGAUUACCGAAUUGGGUUCUACGUAUCUGUACCUGAGAAAAUUAGAUGGCCUGUUCUUGCUAUAGCCAUACUUCAAGCUGUGGUUGGAAGUCAGGCUAUCAUCACAGGUACAUUCUCAAUAAUCAAACAAUGUUCUUCCAUGGGAUGCUUCCCGAAAGUGAGGAUCAUUCAUACGUCAUCGAAGGUACAUGGCCAGAUUUACAUUCCCGAGAUCAACUGGUGUUUGAUGCUACUUUGCCUGGCCAUUACUGUUGGAUUCAGAGAUACAAAACGCAUGGGAAAUGCAUCAGGCUUGGCUGUCAUAACUGUAAUGCUCGUGACCACUUGCUUAAUGUCUCUAGUCAUAGUAUUAUGUUGGCACAAGAGUAUUUUCCUAGCCAUUUGCUUCAUAUUCUUCUUUGGCUCCAUUGAAGCACUAUACUUCUCUGCAUCCCUCAUCAAGUUCCUUGAAGGGGCUUGGGUUCCCAUUGCCCUAUCUUUCAUCUUUCUUAUUGUCAUGUACGUGUGGCACUAUGGCACACUUAAGAAGUAUGAGUUUGAUGUUCAAAACAAGGUUUCCAUCAACUGGCUCCUUGGUUUAGGCCCCACUCUAGGAAUUGUCAGGGUUAAGGGAAUUGGCCUCAUACACACUGAGCUUGUUUCUGGGAUCCCCGCUAUUUUCUCUCAUUUUGUUACCAAUCUCCCAGCUUUUCAUCAAGUUGUGAUUUUCCUUUGCGUUAAAUCCGUGCCAGUGCCACAUGUGAGGCCUACAGAAAGGUUCUUAGUUGGUAGAGUUGGCCCUAAGGAAUACCGGCUCUAUAGGUGCAUAGCAAGGUAUGGCUAUCGUGACUUUCACAAGGACGACAAUGAGUUUGAAAAAGAUCUCAUUUGCAGCAUAGCAGAAUUCAUACGCUCGGACACUUCUGAAAACAACCUAGGAUUCGAAAGUUAUGAGGAUGACACAAAGAUGACAGUUGUUGGGACCUCAGCAUCAAACUCGGAAGGCAUAAUGAUGUGUGAAGAUGAUAAUUCUCAAAUGGAAGACACUCUAGAAUUGAGGGUGGUUAAGUCUCCUGAAAUAGUGAGGAAAAGAGUAAGGUUUGUUCUGCCAGAGAGUCCACAGAUUGAUUUGAGUGCAAGGGAGGAGUUGCAGGAGCUGAUGCAAGCGAGGGAGGCAGGAAUGACAUUUAUAAUGGGUCACUCAUAUGUGAAAGCAAAAAGAGGAUCAAGUUGGAUAAAGAAAGUUGUAAUCAAUUAUGGGUAUGAUUUCUUGAGGAGAAACUCUAGAGGACCAAAUUAUGCUCUAAGUAUCCCUCAUGCAUCUAUCCUAGAGGUGGGCAUGGUUUAUCAUGUCUGAAUUUUGGCUACAAGAUAUGUAGUUCAGUAUAUGGUUAGGUAAAUCUUGCACAGUAAAAAUGGUGGCAUUUUGUAUACUAACACUCCAUGCUACCAAUAUUUACAUUUUACCUUUUUCUUAUUGCUCUUGGUACAUAAAUAAGCUGUCAAGAGGGAGUACAUGUCACGUUGUCCAAGUUCUCAUCCAAGUAUCCUAGCAUGAACUUGAAAUAUGGAUCAAGUGGACAAGGGAUAUUUUUGUGGGAGUUUAUUUUUUUUAAUAGAAAACUUUGUAAUUGAAGGGUAAUUGUGGAUUGUGUAAGUAGCUUGCCUAGAAUUUUGUAAAAGAUGUGUUGCGUUAGCCCCCCCUAAGUAAAUAUGUUUUGUGCUGCUGAAAAUUGAUACUGGAUCCUUGUUAGCAGAUUGGUUGAUCAUCUCUUGUAUUGAAACAUGAGAGAAAGUAGCAAUCCUGCAACAUAUUUUUUGCAAAUAAAUAAAUUUUAUGAACAUUUAAAUGGGA